AUGUCUAAGAAAAGGAAGUACAACGAAGCUUACAUAUCCUUUGGUUUUACUUUCAUCGCUGAACGUGAUGGGACACAAAAGCCUCAGUGUUUCCUGUGUGGCAAGGUUCUUGCCAAUGGAAGCAUGAAGCCAACAAAGCUGAAGGAGCACCUCACGUCUGUCCAUCCUGAAAAUGCAUCGGACAGUGUUGAUAUAUUUCGUGCAAAGAAGGCUCGAUUUGAGAAAGCUGGAACUUUACCAAAACUUGGAUUUGCCCCAACACAAAAGCCUUGUCUUGAAGCAUCCUACAAGGUUGCUUAUCGCAUUGCCAAGCAAAAGAAGCCACAUACGAUUGAAGAGACCUUGGCAAAGCCAUGUGCCCUGGAAAUGGUCGAGCUGGUUUGUGGCUUGGAGCAGAGGAAGAAAAUUGCAGCAGUGCCUUUGUCAAAUGACGUCAUCCACUCUAGAAUUGCUGACAUUUCUUCUAAUAUUUUGGAGCAAGUAAUUGAAGAAUUGGCAACUACGCCAUUUCCGUUCAGCAUGCAACUGGAUGAAACUACUGACGUCUCUCAGUGCAGCCAGCUCCUGGUUUUCGUUCGUUAUAUGCAUGCUGAUGCCAUCAAAGAAGAAUUCCUAUUUUGUGAGCCCCUUUUGGAAACUACAAAGGCCAGCGACAUCUUAGAAAUGGUGAAUAGUUUCUUUGCCAAGCAAAACUUCGACUGGAAGAAAAAUCUUGGUACUCUGUGCACAGACGGAGCACCUGCGAUGCUUGGCAACACAUCUGGUUUUGCUGCUUUGGUGAAGAAAGAAGCUCCUCAGGUCAUCGUGACCCAUUGUUUUCUACAUCGGCAUGCAUUGGCGUCAAAGAUUCUGCCAGCAAUUCUGAAAGAAGUCUUGUCUACUGGCGUGAAAGUCGUCAACUUCAUCAGAGCCAGGGCUGUGAACCAUCGCGUUUUCAAGAGGUUUUGUCAAGAAAUGGGAGCAGAAUAUGAAGUUCUUCUCUACCACACAGAAGUUCGCUGGCUUUCCAGAGGACAAAUCUUGAAGUGCUUGAUUGAACUUCGAGCAGAAGUUUCACUUUUAUUUGAGAGAAAAAGAAAGCCCACUCUCAGAACAGUUUGA